AUGGCCGGCGCUGGAUCGAGCUCGUCUGGACAGGCAGAAGUUGGUGAACCGCUGAGACGCUGCUCCGGCUUUUGGGUCGAUUGGGAUGCAGACAAGAAAACCGGCCUUGUUUUGACAACUGCGCGGCUGAUUCGCACAAAGGACGCUCCUUACAGCGUCUGGACAGGCGGCCAAGAGUAUGCCCCUAAUGCUGAUGUCACUGUUCAUUUGCUAAAUGGCACUAGUGCAAAGGGCGAGCUGGUCUACUAUCAGCCCCAUUACGAUAUCGCUUUCUUGAAUGUUGAGGUUGAUCAACCAAUCAAGUUACCAUCUCUUUGUGAAAAAGAUGUAGAAUUUGCUCAAGAGGUUUUUCAGCUAGGAAGAGACAAUUCCUUAAAUCUAAGGAUAACAUAUGCUAGGGCAGAAUAUCUGAAUCCAACCAUGUUUGAGCGGCACCACAACGUGUACUUUUGUUCUCCAGAUGGCCCUGAUGAUUAUAAUAAUGAGUACGACAAUGGGGGGUUAGUUAUUGACUUGAAUGGAAAAGUUGUUGGAAUGGUCAACGACCCUGAGAGAUUUGGGUCUUUUAUACCUUCUUCCAUUUUGCUCAAUUGUUUGGAUUCAUGGAAGAAAUAUCGGUACAUUGGUCGGCCUCAUCUUGGGAUGAGGUUUGAGGCCAUCAAGCUUCUAGAGCCUUCUCAUGUUGACAUGUUAUGUCGUAUGUAUAACAUUGAUGACGGUCUUGUUGUUAGAGAGGUGUCGAAAGGAUCUAAUGGUGAGAUAUGUGGAAUUCAAAAAGGUGAUCUUAUUGAAUGUAUUAAGGGAAAAUGCAUUUCUACCACAAUUCAGUUGGAAAAUCUGUUGAUGAGCAUAUGCAAAGGCCCUUCAGAUAGUAAAAAUGGCCGUAAUACUGAAGUUCAUAUUUCUGUUGGGUUAUUUCAAACACUCAAAAAAUGCCGAAGGACCGUAGAGUUGACUGCAACUGUAUCAGACCUUGGAGAAGUUAUUGCAAGAGGUACUAGAGUCUCUUGAACUGGCUGCCGGGAAAAGAAAAGGUUUCCAUAUUAGAUGUAGUGUCUAGUGGAUAUUAGAAAUAACUUGUGUACAUAUAAUUUAGUGCCCCUUGUUCUGUUUUGCUAAAAAAAACAAGAGCACUAGCUAGAACCAACUUGCUAAUGUCAUGUGAAGAUAGUAUCUCAGAGGGCUGUUAGACUCAAAGAAAGGCUCAGUAUGAUCUCAGAUACAUGAGGAAUAGCAGCUGGCGAGGUCAUAGUGAGUGAAUGCCCUAUCAUCUCUUCAAGGCUCCUUCCUGCAUAAAGGGUGUGAGGUCCCAUGUUAAAUACGGAAAUAUGUUAAUGUUCUUGGAAUGAUGUUUUGCUUGA